CUCUCUCUCUCUCUCUCUCUCUCUCUCUCUCUCUCUCUCUCUCUCAUUAAUUUUUAGAAAUCCAUAUGUUAAAAGGAUUCAAAGUAGUUUGUAGUCUAAUUCCUUUGGAAUUAGAAGUCCUAGCAGUAGUUGGUUUAUUUGUUUUCUUCUUGUCUUCGACGAAGCCUAACUCCAACAAUUGAGAAUGACCGGAAGUUCUCGAAGAACUGCACGAAGCAGAAUCAAAUCCUCCACAGACGUCGACAAUGACGAUGAUCGCUCGGUUUCAAGUAUAAAAACAAAACCCAACCUGAGACUGCGAAGAGACAGAAACAAAGACCAAAACUUCAUUCAGAUUCUAGAUGUUAAUCUCAAAGUGCUGUUAUGUUUUGGAGUUAUGGCCUUUUUGUUUGCCUUGUAUUUUAUUUCUAGUCUAAUUCAACCCAUCGAAGAAGCUCAGAGACCGAGGGUUGUCACACCGUUUCCUGCUCCAAGAUUGAUGGAUCUUCCUAUGUUUCAAGGUGAGCACAAGGAGAGCUUGUACUGGGGAACUUACCGGCCCCAUGUUUAUCUUGGAAUUCGUGCGAGAACUCCACAGUCUUUGGUUGCUGGACUGAUGUGGAUUGGUGUGAAGGAUGGAAGAUAUUUAAUGCGGCAUGUCUGCCAAGAUACGGAUGAACUCAAGACAUACGGUUGGACACACCAUAAUGGACGGGACUACGGACAUCAGAUUCUGGGUGAUCAGGGAAUGACCUUGACGACGAGUUUUUUGAAAUCUAAGGGGGAAGGCAGUGGCUAUGGGGGAGACUGGGCAGUUAGAGUACAUGUGCAAAGAGAGAAGUCUAGUGUUAAUGAGGAAAUGUUGAGAAAUGUACACCUUUUCUUUUAUAUGGCUGAUGAAGAUGGAAAUGCGUUAAGUUUAGGCAGAGGUGCCACAGAUAUUCAUGUUUCUUCUGUGCUGGCUUUUGGAUCACGAACUGAUGUUGGAGGUUGGCAGCUGAAUUUAGAAUCAAGGGAUGAUUUGGAAGUCCGUUAUGCUGGUUUCCGGACUUCUGACAUUCAUAAUUUAUCCGAUCUCGUCCAGGCAAAUCUUGGAGCCCAAGCAAGACAAUUUGGUCGUUUGCAGCUCUCAGAUACAUCUGAAGAUUCCCCAAACAUUUUAGUUUUUCAGAUCUCUGCCGGGAUUCCUUUCGAAGCAGAUAUUGCUUUUGUAUCUGGAACUGAUUUAGAUAGUUCAAGAGUUAAAGAGCGCGUCAGCAGUCUCACAGGUAUCUUACUCACAAGUCAACUAAAUGAGAAGCAAAAAGAGUUUGAUGACAAAUUCAGAAGGUGCUUUAACCUGUCUGAGAAGCUUGAUGCUGAAUCAGUGGCAGUUGGUAAGGCUUCUGUAGGAAAUAUGUUGGGUGCAAUUGGCUACUUCUAUGGCCAAUCAAAAAUUUCUCUUCCAAAAACCUCUAAUCUUAAACCUGCCGAUAGUUAUAUAUCAUAUUGGCCAGCUGAGCUAUAUACAGCAGUUCCAAGUCGACCAUUUUUCCCUAGGGGAUUUUUAUGGGAUGAAGGUUUUCAUCAACUACUAAUCUGGCAUUGGGAUAUCCCUAUUUGCUUGGACAUCAUUGGACAUUGGUUAGAUCUGAUGAACAUCGAUGGAUGGAUUCCACGUGAGCAAAUUUUAGGCACUGAAGCUCUAAGUAAGGUCCCAGCAGAAUUUGUUCUUCAGCAUCCAACUAAUGGAAAUCCACCGACUUUAUUUUUGGCUUUACGUGAUCUAAUUUGCCGCAUGAAGAGGGACAAGUUUACUGCUACUGAAAACAACGAGAUAUCUUCCUUCCUAGAACGUGCAUUUGUUCGCCUUGAAGCAUGGUUUCAAUGGUUUAAUACUACACAGUCAGGACAAGAUAAGAGCAGCUAUUUUUGGCAUGGAAGGGACAAUGCAACCAACCGAGAACUAAAUCCAAAGACACUAUCUUCUGGGUUGGAUGAUUAUCCUCGUGCGUCACACCCAAGUGAAGAAGAACGCCACAUAGAUCUUAGAUGCUGGAUGCUUCUUGCAGCAGAUUGUAUGCAUUCAAUUUCAGAGCUUCUUGAGAACGGAAGGGAACUUGGGAGGGAGUACAGCUUGACAGCAAAGCUUCUCUCAGAUUUUGAACUUCUAAAUCAGAUGCACUUUGAUAAUGUCUAUGGCGCUUAUUUUGAUUUUGGAAACCAUACAGAGAAGGUUCGUUUAAGUUGGCAAGCAGUGCAGACAGGUGGAAAUUACCCAAGUCGAGAGCUGGUUCGAGAAGCGUUGGAGGAUCCAGUGCUGAGACUGGUUCCCCACAUUGGCUAUGUCAGCCUUUUCCCUUUUAUGGGUAGGGUUAUACCACCUGAUUCAUGGAUCCUAGAAAAACAGCUCGAACUCAUUGCAAAUAGGAGUCUGUUGUGGACCGACUUUGGACUCCGGUCUCUUGCCAAAACAAGCUCAUUGUACAUGAAACGCAACACUGAGCAUGAUCCACCUUAUUGGAGAGGUCCAAUAUGGAUGAACAUGAAUUACCUGAUUCUUUCCUCUCUCCACCAUUAUUCCAAAGAGGAUGGACCAUACAGAGAAAGAGCCGAGGCCAUCUACAAUGACUUGAGGAGCAAUUUGAUUAGAAAUGUGGUUCGGAACUAUCAUCAGACUGGUUAUUUGUGGGAACAGUAUGAUCAGAAGAAGGGGAAAGGGAAAGGUGCACGCCUGUUUACUGGUUGGACAUCACUUGUUCUAUUGAUUAUGGCAGAAGCUUAUAGUGAAUGUUAAAGAUUUGCCCACUGAUGUCUGUAACAUCCCUAACCCCCCCACGCUCCCACCCGUUGGAAAAAAAAAACCCCAAAAAUACAAAAUAAGGAAAGAAAAAUGAUAGGGUAGUGUUUAUGAUUAGUAAUGUAUGAUUUUAAUUUGAAGGCGGAAGAACACAGUAAGGUAUCAAUGAGGGUGAGUUGUAACUUCGUAAUAAUUGGGGUGCUUGAGUUCAUGUUUAUAAAGUAAAGUUGCCACUUGCUGGUUUUUCGUUUAAUUUGAAUUUCCAUAUGAAGGG